UCGCUCUUGUUCUUUUUUUUUUUUUUUUGAAAAUGCUCUUGUUCUUUUUAUAUCACAAUGAAUUGAUCUUUCAUAAUCAAAACCCAUGUCCCCACACACCAUUGCAAUCCCAUCUCCUCAAAUCCAUCUCAAAAUUUCCUGCAAACGAAAUCCAGUAAGUUACAGGAGCUACUAGUUUUUGCUUGCAUUUUGCUCCAGAAAUCCGCUACAGCUGAACCCCAACUCUCUCUCUCUCUCUCUCUCUCUCUCUCUCUGAAGCACUCCGGAUCGGAAACCGCGCCGUCAAGCCCUCCCGAUCGAGGAGAAAGCUCUCUUUACGUUGCAGAAGCCGCCAUGAUGAAACCUGAGUACGAGAAAGUUAUGGAUGAGUUUAGCCGGAACCUAAUGUCAAGUGAAGAUAAUACGAAUAGAACGGACCCUGCAUGGAAGUAUUUCUGUUUGGUGGAUCCCACGAACACUAAUAAAUUUAAGUGUAAUUUUUGUGGCAAAAUAACCAAUGGCGGGGUUUGUCGGGCAAAGAAACACAUCGUGGGAGGUUAUAGGGAGGUGUUAGGUUGUCCAAGAUGCCCACCUGAGGUAAAACUGGAGAUUCAAGAGUUUAUGGGAAAAAAUAAAUCAUUGAAAGAUAAUACGAAUAGAACAGACCCCGCAUGGAAGUAUUUCUGUUUGGUGAAUCCCACAAACACUAAUAAAUUUAAGUGUAAUUUUUGUGGCAAAAUAACCAAUGGCGGGGUUUGUCGGGCAAAGCAACACCUUGUGGGAGGUUAUAAGGAUGUGGUAGGUUGUCCAAGAUGCCCACCUGAGGUAAAACUAGAGAUUCAAGAGUUUAUGGUAAAAAAGAAAACAUUGAAAGAUCAAAUGCAAAUGAUUCCGGAUUUUGAUGAUAAUGGUUUGGAGGAUGAUGAAGAUGACUUCAUGGAGAUUGCAUCUGCACGAGGUAAAUCAAUCGGAAGCAGUCAAGGCUCCGUUUCUAAACCUAAGCCGAAAAAGCUGAAGACUAAAGGGCCUAUAAAUAUUCCCCCUGGAUUCGGUGCCAAUCAAUUGCCAAACUUCUCUGGCGACUCUGCAAAGGUGUCUCCGCUCAGGCAAAAUAACUCUCAUGGUGGGGCCACACACAAACGUAAAGGCGUGCCAUUUGUGGAUCUGGAUCCUCAACAGCCUGUUCUUUCUGUGGCACCUCUCAAUAGCGUACCCUAUACUGGCCCACCUUUGUCCCCUGUACAGAGGGAAACUGAUCUAACAGUUAGCAAUGAGCCUGCUUUGGUGUUCUUGCCUUCUCGCCCAUAUGAGGAAGAGUGGAAUAACAUUAUAGCUGCGACCAAAAGGGGAGUUGGCUUGACUGGAAGUGCUGCAAGGGGGAAAGUGGGAGCAAUUAUAGGGUUGAUGAACAUUGGCGAAGGUGAGGAGACAUAUCUUUUUCGUGUCUCCCUCCCAGGUGUGGCAGCAGAUAAAAGCACAUUUAGUUGUGAUAUUGAACCUACUGGUAAAGUAGUCAUAAAGGGAAUAACGGCAACGGGUGAGAGAAUUGUUCGCAGAUACUCCCAAGUCUUUGAGAUGCGUACGCGAAAUCUUUGCCCACCGGGACAUUUCUCUGUUUCAUUCGAGCUACCGGGUCCAGUUGAUGAGCAACGCUGUACUCUCUCUUUCGGAGUUGAUGGCAUUCUUGAAGGGAGUGUAAAGAAAAGGGCCCUGGACGGGUCAUGACUUGAUUAACAUGAGCGGUUAGAAGAGUUUUCUCCUAUUUCUUUCCUUGUUUUUCACUUUAUUGGAGAAAUUGCAAGAGGAGGCCAUUGACAGUUCUCUGACUUGGUUUCCAUUUUUAUUGCUCCCCUUGUAUUGUCAUCCCAUUUGUGGACAUCAAGACUUUUCCCAAAAUGAGAAUGUGGUGGUUGUGUAGAAUUAAUCCUAGUGCCUUGUUAGAGAUCUAAUGCGGUGUGGGAUAUGAUUCCUAUUUGAACCCCUGUACUGAGAUUGUUGUGUUUGUGAAGGGAUGAAUACUGUAAUUUAAUGAUGUAUUUGGGCUGCUCGCGCGGCAUUUUUGUUUGUAAAUCCUUUUGCUGGUGGUUGUAUAUAGGCAGGGGUGUUUCUAUUA